CUAGUGCGCGAGGCAGGUGGAGCGGUGGUAGUUCUCAGGUGAAUCAAAGUGUGAGGUGAGCGGUUCUGGACUGGACUGGACACGAAAGGUUCUCGGUUCACGUGUUUUUGGCCUUUGACAGAGUAGCAUUUCGCCUGGCGACAGCAGAGCUUCCUGGAGGUGUUACUCCAGCCAUCAUUGCUCCUCAUGUGCAAUGCCAGCGAGUGACACCUGGCCAUGCAAUGUUGCCAUGGAACCUUUGGUCAGCAUGAACAGUGCAGGCAGCAGUGACAGUAUGGUCAGCAUCAACUCUGGCUUUAGUGACGACAGUAUGGAGCAUCUCUCAGCUGAGGAACGCGCGUGCCUCAUGUUCCUGGAGGAGACAAUCGAAUCUCUGGAGGCAGAAGACGACAGUGGCAUUUCCAAUGAUGAACACGAUCGCUUGAGUAGCAGUCAGCCAACCAAGGUGGCCCACCUUAGCCCUGUUAGCCAAACCAAACAAGAGGAGGUACCAUUCCACGAUGAUCCCAACAAAGUUUUGGGAAAAGACUGUAAAUCACAUAGACUGCUUGUGCCAACUCCACUAAUUCUAGCCAAUGGCAGUGCUAGAAUUCUGAAAAAAACAGCUGAAGUCAGCACACCUGAACAAAAAGCAGUUCCAUUAGUUAAUGAACCUAAUGGCUCUCCAUCAAACUCUCACCAUCCACCAGCUAUGCUAGCUGCUGCAGAUGAUCCUGCCCAUUCAUCUCUAAACCCUGAGCCAACAGCUGACAAAUCAAAGGAGCUGGCUGACUUGCCACCUUCUUUCAUACCUGAGCCUCCCGUUAAGGCCAACUCUUCCAACAACUCUAAAACUAAAGACGGUCCUACUAAGUCCCAGCUAUUUCCCAAACCAGACCAGAAGCGCCAGAGUGGUACAUCUGAGAUGCUAAUAGAGCUGAUUCCGCCUCCGACAGACUUUAUGGAUGAGCCAGAAUUCCCUCCUCCACUACAAACACAGUCACCAGAACAGAGUCAAGCUCAAGCUCAACAGAAAGCACAACCUCAGGCCCAGGCUGAACUACAAGCUCAAACCCAAGCUCAACCCAAAGCACAACCUCAAGCCCAGGCCCAGCUACAACCUCAGACACAAGCCCAGGCCCAAUCCAAAGCAGAACCCCAAGCCCAGGCCCAACUACAACCUCAGACACAAGUCCAAGCCCAGGCCCAACUACAACCUCAGACACAAGCCCAAGCCCAACCCAAAGCACAACCUCAAACCCAAGCCCAACUACAACCCCAAACCCAAGACGUGACACAAUCUCCGCCUCAACCACAAGACCAACACAAAGAACAAACCCAACCACAACAUCAGCCACAGCCUCUACCACCUCCAGAAAGCAUAACAAUUGCCCCUCCACCAGGUUUUGAUGGGCAGACUGAGGAUGACAAACCUCAAAGCACAGUGACUCCACCCUCCAGAGGACGACUGUCUCCUAGUGAACUGGAAAAGUUACGUAAAAAGGCCUCACAGAAGAAAGCCCCUGGAGCAGCACUGGAAGUUGCAGCACGACCACCAGGCCAGAGAAUUUCAGACCAGGCCAGUUUUCCUGUUUCAUGUACAGAUGGCCGUCCUAGUACUGCAGUAGAACACAGCGAACCUAAAAGUCCACCAGCUGUGGCCCCCAAACCCAAGAAACUCCCUUCCAACAUCAUUCUUAAAAGCCACAAAGAUUCUGGGCCUGGUCAUUCUCUUGUUUCGCCAGGCGAACGUAUGAUGACAAACCCACAGAAGGUGCACAUGGAGGCCUUGAAGAAACUGGGCUUGUUGAAGGCUGAUGAGAUUGACUCCAGCCCCAGCCUCAACUCUAGUCCACCCCAAAGAAUCCCUCCACCUCAUCCUUUUAACACAAGCACUUCAGCAGUACUACCUACUGGGGAUACAGCCCAAGUUCAGUCUACACCUGCAGAGCAACAUUCAGCAGUGGAUGUGCAAGGGAAGACAGAUUUGCUUUUAUCUGCAAGUCCAAACCCUGUCAAAGGAGGAAGAGAAAGUCCGGUGAUCCAGAGGGGCCAGAGUCCAAAACCCUUUGAGAUCAAAUCAGCAUCCUUGGAGCGACCAGGUGAGGGCCUUAAAAGUGUCACAGCUGACCAUUCCUCUCACUCAACAGGCCAAGAGAAGACUAAUGUGGAGUUGUCCCCCGGACAGUUACGAAAGAGCCGACCUCGACCUGCUUCUGCAGGGAGUCGCAAGGACUUUGGCAUUGACCAGCUGCCUUCUGAUCCAAGCAGAGAACCAGAUGUCAGGAGGUCUCUUGGAUCUUCCCCCAUACCUCCAUCAACUCAGCCAAGCACAGACUCGCAGAAGACUCCCCGUUCCCAUGGUAUGAUUAGUGUGGUGUUCACCCCACACAGCAAGAAUGGGGAAGAACGCAAGCAGGCCCUGAGGAAACUGGGGCUGAUAAGAGACUGAGGUUCAGUCUGUUUUCCCAAGAGACUACUGUCCCACAGUAGGGAGGCUGAUCAGUGUGAUCAGUGGACCUUGUACUUUGACGUGGCUCAGCUGGAAUGUGGGAAAACUUUGCUGAAGAUCAGCACUCUUAAUUUUAGAUGAAGGUACAUAUGGGUCACUGUUUUUGUAUCUACACUGGACAUGUAGAACAGGUGCCAUAACAGAACAGUAGCCACAGGUGCACAGGUGUACACUAAAAACCUAUGGGCCUGUUUGGUAGAACAUUCUGUGCUAGUGGUGGAUAAGGGAAAUGUUAAGGAUCACUACUGACUGUGGAUAAAGUUUAUCACAGAUAAUGAAAAGUUGUGUAUAUACUGGACUGUGUGUAGUAUUUCUGGCUGAAGGAGUUCACACCGGGAUUUGCUGUCUAACAAAAUUGUUGAUUGCUGUGCUGAACUUUUUAAAAUGUUCAGUAAAAAAUGGACAAACAUAUCCAGACAGACAGGCACAUGGUUUCUCUGCUUCCUUCAUACAUUAGCCACUUGUAAAUAGAACUAUACAAAAAGUAGAAAUAUGCUAGGACAUAUGCGAGGACAUAAAAAAUGUUCCCUAUAUGUCCAUGGAAUAAUCUAGUUCACUGAAAAUAAGUGAUGGAGUUAGUGAUGCACUGAAAUGAAAAUUCUUGGCCAAAAUUAGGAAUCACAGGUCCGACAACUGGAAAAAGUAGAUGAUAGAUAAAAACAAGUUAUGUGAAUUACAAAUAUUAUUACAGUACAUAAGCUAGUGUAUGUGCCACAAAGACCAGCGUCCUCAACAGCAGAGAACAGUUGGUCAUCCAUUCUUUGUCAUUUCAAAAACUGACUACAGUGUCAGCUAGCAGUGACUUUCUUUUCUGCUUCUGUUGUGUUGUUUUCUGUGUAUCGGGCAGGAUGUUGUGUUUUGAAGUGGAGAAGUUUUUGGGUGUUGUGCCUCCUUUUGAUUCGUGGCAUGAACAGUGAUUAUAAAUCUCUUGUCUAAUGGCCCCCUUAGAAACCAUGAAAUAGUUCCACACAGCUGAUAUGUCCACUGUUUUUCUGCCACUGCUCAGAUUGUUUGAACGCGUCUGUGCUGACCGGCACAGGAGAGCAAAAGGAACAGACAGUGUUUUCAAUCCCUGUUGCUCAUUUUCAUUAGCAAUAAAAUUAUUGGUACACUC